GCCAGUGUCCGAACAGUUUCAAACGAUUCGCGGCUGGGACAGCAAGCUCAGGUAGCUCACGUAUCGUAUCGAUUCCCAUAGAGAUGUUUCAGAGGAAGUGGAUCCUAGUGCCGGUGCUGGUCCUCCAGCUGCUGGCCUGCCGCGCCGAGUUCUACAGCUCCACCUCGGGCCUGGAACAGCUUUUCAGCACGGAGGUCGCGCUGCUGGAAGAACUCCAAAACUACGUGGACGAAAUCACUCAGCAUGCAGAGGCUCUUCAGAGCGAGAUCGAUGCCAUACGAGUGGAGCACCUGAGCGCCAUGGACAGCAUUGGGGGCUACCUCAACAACCCGGUGAAUGCCUUCCGGCUGAUCAAGCGCCUGCACAGCGACUGGGAGACCUUCGAGAGUAGCGUGAAGGGGGACACGAGUCGCGCCGACUACCUCGAGGCCAUGGCUGUGCUGAAGGAGAACCUAAGCUAUCCCUCACAGGACGAUUUCGUGGGUUCCGCCAUAGCCCUGACACGACUCCAGCAGACCUACCAACUGGAUGUGGCAGAACUGGCCAGUGGAAUGCUGAAUGGAGUCAAAUACGGCACUGCCAUGUCCUGGCAGGACUGCUUCGUCCUGGGACAGCACCUGUACGCUUUGAGAGACUACAACCACACGGUGCCGUGGCUGCAGAAGUCAAUGCAGCUGCUGGGAGAGCAGAGCUACGGAGAGGAGCCUGCCUCGCUGGACUUCAUGGAGGCAGUGGUUGGAUAUCACCAGCAGAUGGGCGACCACGAGAACGCCCUCAAUCUGAUCAACCACGUCCUUGCGAUUGAGCCAGAGGAGCGCCGUCAUCUAUUGGAGACCCGCACGCAGCUGGAGGAUCUCAUCACGGAUGGGGUGAAACAGGGACUCCUCCACACGACUGCCCGCCGGCCAGGAGACUACCACAGCUCACGGGAGUUCCGCAUGUACGAGCAGGUGUGCCGCGGGGAACUCACUCCCUUCCCCACCGCACAGAGACAUCUUCGCUGCCGCCUGCAGAGGAGGCGCUUCGACUACGCUCCCUUCAAGCUGGAGGAGCUGCAUGCAGAUCCUCCCAUUGUGCAGGUGCACGACAUGGUCAGCCAGCGGGAGUCAUUGUUCCUCCAAAACGCGGCCCGACCUCGCAUCCAGCGAUCCACCGUGUACAACCAGGCGGGCGCCGGAACCACCGCUGCGGCCUUCCGCACCAGCCAGGGCGCCUCCUUCAACUACUCGCAGUACGCGACCACCCAGCGGCUCAGCCAGCACGUGGCAGAUCUCUCCGGCCUGGACAUGGACUAUGCCGAGAACCUGCAGAUCGCCAACUACGGCAUCGGCGGCCACUACGAGCCGCACUAUGACAGCUUUCCCGAGCAUCACGAGUACCCCGAGGAUGAUCUCUACGGCAAUCGCCUGGCCACGGCCAUCUACUACCUCUCCGAUGUGGUGGCUGGCGGUGGAACUGCCUUUCCCUUCCUGCCCCUGCUGGUGACUCCAGAGCGGGGCAGUCUUCUGUUCUGGUACAACCUGCAUCCGUCUGGGGACCAGGACUUCCGCACGAAGCAUGCCGCCUGCCCCGUUCUUCAGGGCAGCAAGUGGAUUGCCAAUGUGUGGAUCCGCGAGCGCAAUCAGGAUCGUGUGCGGCCCUGUGAUCUUCAGCGGAAUCACCUCGCCUCUUUACACUUUAAAAACUUUGACUGAAAGCCACUCAAGCACUCAUUAAAAUAAGAUAUUUGUUUAUUAAGAGACAAAAGCCCCACUCAUUCCCGAUAGGCCACGGACUUGAAGCUAUCGGAGGUGAGGUUGCACGGCCUGCGGAACUCCUGGUGGCCCGAGUGCAUCCAAAUGUUUCCAACUGCGGAGGGAUAAAAAGUGAUCAAUACCUUGUACAGCAGAGAUAAUAACACGUGUACUUACUGCGCUUGGAGCCCACAAUCACAGGACAGCCGGCAUGGUGGGUGCGCGGAUCCACGUCCAGGGAGCGAUGUAGGUUGUGCCACAUGACCAGCGCACCCUUGAUGGGAGGCAGGAAGACAUUCAGCUUGGUGAAGACCGUGUAGCCGCCCUGUUCUACAUCAGAGAGCUGCCAUGUACAGAAAAAACACUGAUUCGAGAUACAUACGAGUAAUACUAGAUGAUGCCCUCACUCACAUAGAACAUGCUGGUGGAGAUGCGAUCUCCUUUAAAAUCAGACGGAAGGUUGACCUCAAAGUAGUCCGGAUGGGGCUCAUACUGUCCGCCCACGCCGUAGUUGGCCACCUGCAUGGCCUCGGCCCCGGCUAUGUCGAAGCCGGAAAUGAAUACCACCAGGCGAGCGAUGGACUUCAUUAUGGGGCUCUCGUAGUCAAGCCACGUCUGCUGGCUGACCCGAAGAUCGACUACGGUUCGCGUGCCACCGUCUCCGGCCACCCCAGAGCGGGUCAUUUCCUGCUUGUCCGCCUCCUCGAAGAUGGAAUCGAUUUGAUCGAGGGUCAGAAUCCCAUGAUACACGUUGAUGUCGGGAUCCAGAUGCACCUGCUCCACCUGUAGGGGAGCGAGAGUGAAGUAAGCGUGUCUCUUGCCAUCGAGGAAGCAGCGGAGAGAAGUUCCACUGCCCUUCUCGGGCAAUCUUCUGCCCUGACAGAGCCUUGAAUAGUUGCCGAACCAUGAGGGCUCUUUUUCAUGUUUGUUGGUGCCCGCCAGAUUCCUGUAGUCCACAUAUUUCUGUAUGUGCCGUGCGGGAUGCGUGGGUUCGGUCUGCAGCACCUUCUCCAAGAGUGUGCCAGCUCGCUUGGGAUUUCCCAGCUCAAAGUUGGCCAAGGCCGCGUAUUCCCUGAUGUCAGCUAUGAACUGGGGCUUCUCUGCUUCCUUCAUCUCGGGAUUGGCCCGGAGAAGGCGGAACGCCUCUUGGAGCCACUCCAAAGAGCGGUGGUGCUCUCCCAAAUCGAAGAGCUGUACCCCGAUCUCGUAGCACUCUCGCCAGUCCAUUUCCGAGUCGUAGAAGAAACCGUUGAUGAUUCCAUCGGCCAGGUCCGGUGCGGUGAAAUUGUAGACCCUCUGCAGUCGAGCCAGACCUUUGACGGCGCCCUGAAGCUCCGACAGAUCUGGGAAGCCCACUUCUUUGGACAGGCUAUCCACCACCUGCCGGUAGUCUGCGAUGAAGAGAGACAUGCUCUUAGAGGAGUCACCUUAAACCUCUUUCGAAUAAUCAAUCACCUUCUCUGGGCUUGUUCUCCACCACAGGAGCGUGCAAAGCAUCCCAAUCGUAGACCAGUCGCUUGAUCAGCCUGAACGCAUGCAGCGGAUGUCCCAGGUACUCAUCGAGAUCUAUCAGAUCCAUGGCCAUGUCAUGUUCCCGCUUUAGCUGCUCUACAAAUCUGCCAAAAGACAUCAAUCCCCAGCGCCGAGUGACCUCAAUCUGGACUGAAUUACUUGCGGUAUAAGUUAAUCUGCUGCUGCUGGGCCUCCAGAUAGGAACGCGUGGCAUUCAGCAGCUCCAACUCCAGUUGCCCCAGGUCCUGCAUACUAUCCACAGACGAGUAGAACUCUGCCCGGACACCGCCGCCACGAAUAAUGAGCAGGAGCGGGAGGACCAGCCACAGAGACAGGCAGCACCAAACACGAUGUGACAUUGUGAAAUGAGGGAAACGACUGAGACUGACUGUAGCUGAUGGAUAAUUCUUGAGCCAGGGCCAUCUAUCUAUGGCCCAAAAGAAUGAUAUUCCAUUUAGAAACUGUCACGUAUCCAGAAUAAAACGCUCGGCAAACAAAUGCCAGCCACAGACACAA